UGUGACGUAUUUCCUGUGAGACGCCAGGAGAAGAUGGGUCAAAGCCAGAGUGGUGGUCAUGGGCCAGGAGGUGGGAAGAAGGAUGACAAGGAUAAGAAGAAGAAAUAUGAGCCACCCAUCCCUACCAGAGUUGGUAAAAAGAAGAAGAAGACAAAGGGACCAGAUGCCGCCAGCAAGUUGCCCUUAGUGACCCCCCACACACAAUGCAGGCUGAAGCUUCUGAAGCAGGAGAGGAUCAAAGACUACCUGCUGAUGGAGGAGGAGUUCAUCCGAAACCAGGAGCAAAUGAAGCCCCUGGAGGAGAAGCAGGAGGAGGAGAGGUCAAAGGUCGACGACCUGAGGGGCACCCCCAUGUCUGUGGGGACGCUGGAAGAGAUCAUCGAUGACAACCACGCCAUCGUCUCCACCUCUGUGGGGUCGGAGCACUACGUCAGCAUCCUGUCCUUUGUGGACAAGGACCUGCUGGAGCCCGGCUGCUCUGUUCUGCUCAACCACAAGGUGCACGCAGUCAUCGGGGUGCUCAUGGAUGACACGGACCCCCUGGUCACCGUGAUGAAGGUGGAGAAGGCCCCGCAGGAGACGUACGCUGACAUCGGGGGGCUGGACAACCAGAUCCAGGAGAUCAAGGAGUCUGUAGAGCUCCCCCUCACCCACCCAGAGUAUUAUGAGGAGAUGGGGAUCAAGCCCCCGAAAGGGGUCAUCCUUUACGGCCCACCUGGGACCGGGAAGACCCUGUUGGCCAAGGCAGUGGCAAACCAGACGUCGGCCACGUUCUUGCGGGUUGUCGGUUCGGAGCUGAUCCAGAAGUACCUGGGGGACGGUCCUAAGCUGGUGCGCGAGCUGUUCAGGGUGGCGGAGGAGCACGCACCCUCCAUCGUCUUCAUCGAUGAAAUCGACGCUAUCGGCACCAAGCGGUAUGAUUCCAACUCGGGCGGAGAGCGCGAGAUCCAGAGGACCAUGCUGGAGCUCCUCAAUCAGCUGGACGGCUUCGACUCACGGGGCGACGUCAAGGUCAUCAUGGCCACCAACAGGAUCGAGACGCUGGACCCCGCACUCAUCCGACCAGGAAGAAUCGACCGGAAGAUUGAGUUCCCUCUGCCAGAUGAGAAGACCAAGCGCAGGAUCUUCCAGAUCCACACCAGCCGGAUGACCGUGGCUGAGGACGUGACGCUGGACGACCUCAUCCUGGCCAAAGACGACCUCUCUGGGGCCGACAUUAAGGCAAUCUGCACAGAAGCUGGCCUAAUGGCUCUGAGAGAACGCAGGAUGAAAGUGACAAACGAGGACUUCAAGAAGUCCAAAGAGAAUGUCCUUUACAAGAAACAGGAAGGGACGCCAGAGGGGCUGUACCUCUAACCCCCGACCUCUGACCUCACCCACAGUCUGGUGUCCCUUCAUAUUCAAACCAGAGCACGCAUUACCAGUGGUUUCUCCCAGUAACAUUUUUGAUAUAUUAUGUGCAUGUUAUGUUUUGUUAAGGCCAGAUUUGGUUUUUGGUUACUUGUGCUACAUUAGUUGAUCUCACAAUAAAAACUUCAACUCCUGA